AUGUACGACGGGAUCCUAAGGCAGGCACUACCCGAAGGAUGCACCGUAGUGGGCUUUGCGGACGACAUAGCGCUGGUAACAGUAGCGAAAACCCUCGAAGAGGCCAUGGGAAGGUGCAGCCUCUCGAUAGACACCCUUAUGAGCUGGCUCGCAGACAACGGGCUAUCGCUUGCCGAUCACAAAACGGAGGCAGUGCUCAUAAGCAGCAGAAGGAUUGUUGAGAAAGCAACAAUUCGAGUCGGUCGCCAGUGCAAAACUGUCUACAGACGCUGCGCACUGCGCAUCACAAGCAGCUUCUGCACGGUAUCAGAGGAAGCCGCACUAGUGAUAGCCGGUACAAUACCGAUAGACCUCCUGGCGGCAGAACGAAGGACAGGAUGUACAGGAAGUAGGACCCAGCGCAGCAGCACGAUAGAGGCUUGGCAAAGGAGGUGGAACAGUUCGAGCACAGGGUGGUGGACGCACAGGUUAAUCCCCAGUCUAAUCCCCUGGCUGCAGAGAAGACACGGGCAGGUAGAUUUCUACCUCACACAGAUAAUCUCCGGGCACGGAUGCUAUAAAGAUUACCUGUACAGGUUCAAGCACGAGCCGAACCCCUGCUGCGACCACUGCGGCACCGCAAGCAUCGAAGACGCGGAGCACGCAUUCUUCAUCUGCCCCCUAUACGAAUUAAGAACCGAGCGUUUCCUGACAGUGGAUAAUAUAAUCAAUUGCAUGCUGGAAAACCAAAGGAACUGGGAUGCGGUAGCUAAUCUGGCCGCUGGCAUCCUAAAGGACUUAAGGCGUCGAGAACAGAGUCGACGCAACCAGCAAUAA